AUGUAAAUUACUUUUGCACAACUUCGUCCUUUAUAACUUGGAGAGUCUCUCUACGUAACAGGGAAUUGCAAUGAGUUGGGAAAUUGGAAUCCUGAGAAAGCGUUUAAACUAAAUUAUCAGUUGACUGAUCUUUGGAUUGGUUAGAUAGAUCUUAAUCUUGAAAAUGUAGUUGAAUAUAAGUACUUUGUGGCUUAAACAAACAAUCCCAAACAAGAUAUAAAAUGGGAUGAUGGAAACAAUAGAGUUCUUGAUAAAAUGAUGGUCACCGAAUAGCUAAAAGUGAUGACAUUUAAUAUAAGAUAUGAUUGUAAAGAGGAUGGUAAAAAUGAUUGGAGUCAUAGAAAGUCGAUUGUUUACAAAUUAAUACGGAAGAUUAAUCCCGAAAUCUUUGGAUUGUAAGAAGUACUCGCUCAUUAACAAUUCGAUUUGUAAUUGAACCUUUAAGUGAAUUAUAACUUUAUAGGUAGAGGGAGGUAGAAUAAUUUUUGGAAUGAUGAGGGAUGUCCUAUUUAUUAUGAUAUGCUUAAGUUUAACUUGAUUUAGGCUGAAGUGUUUUGGUUUUCAGAUACUCCAAAUGUAGCAGGAUCGAAGAGUUAUGGUAAUGGAUUACCUCGAAUAUGCACAUAUGUGAAAUUAUUACAUAAAGUGAGCCAAAAAGUGUUUCAUGUUUACAAUACUCAUUUUGAUCAUGAAAAUAAGCUUUCUUAAAUUAAGUCAGCUGAGUAAAUCAAAAGACACAUUUAAUAGUAUUGUGCUCCGGAAGAUAAAAUUAUUGUAAUGGGAGAUCUUAAUAGUUUACCAAUGAGCGAGCCAGUCAAAAUCUUGACAUCCCCCCUAAGGCAAGAUUUUAGUUUGUAAAACACUAUGGGAGUUCUGGAUAUGCCAUUAGCAACAAUGCAUGCAUGGUAUGGAUUGAAAUUGGGUUUGCACAUCGAUUAUAUAUUUUUGGGCAAUUUGAAGUACAAGAGUAUGAUGAUUGUGAAUGAUCUAGUUGAUGGGUAAUACCCAUCGGAUCACUUCCCAAAAGUUGUUGUUUACGAAUGA